GCGGGCGGGAGGGAGGGCUGGCCGGCCAUGCGGGCCGCGCUGGUGGCGUACAGCAGCUCGGAGGAGGAGGAGGAAGAAGAUGGGGGGCGCCGGGGCGGCGGCGCGCAGGGCCCCCCCCCGGCCAGCACCGGCUGCCCCCGCCUGCCCGUCCCCGCCGGCCUGCCGGGCGAUCCGGAGGAGGCCGUUAGAGACGACAGCUCCCGGCACGGCGGCCGCCUCCGCCGCUUCCCCCACGAGCGGGGCAGCUGGGCCACGCACGUCUACCUGCCCUACGGAGCCCAGGAGGAGUUUCUGGAGCUGCUGGAGCUGCUGGUCUCCCGCGCUCGCACCUACGUCUCCUCGCUGGCUGCCAUGGAGGAGUUUCACCUCAGCCUCUCGCAGUGCGUGGUGCUGCGGUACCACUGGAUAGACCCCUUCGUCCGCUCCCUCAAGGAGCGCCUGGCCCCCUUCCACAGGUUCUUCUGCGUGGCUGACCAAGUGAAGGUUUACACCAAUGAGAACAAGACGAGGACCUUCAUUGGGUUGGAGGUCUCCGCUGGGCAUUUCCAGCUGCUGGAGCUGGUCUCGGAGGUGGACAGAGUUCUGGAGGAAUUUGACCUUCCCACAUUCUACAAGGACCCAUCUUUCCAUAUCAGCUUGGCCUGGUGUGUUGGGGACAUGUCUGGCAGACUGGAAGGGCAGUGUCUGCAGGAGCUUCAGGACAUCGUGGACAGGUUUGAGGACUCUGCGCUCCUGCUGCGUGUCCAAUGGGAGCAAAUCCGUUGCAAGUCAGGGAACAAGUACUUCUCUUUCCCCUUGAGACAUGCCCAGCUCCCACAGACUUUAGAUGAGGCCGUGCCUGCAAGCCCUGCCGUGAGCUCGGCGCUGCCCAUCGUGGCACAGGAGAGAGACCGGGGGUGUUGUGGCCACGGGAGCAUCCCAGCAGGAGCGGUGGUGCCCGCCAGUGCCAGUGCCCGUGCCAGAGCUGGGCUUCAAAACCUGUACCCGAUUCUGUUCAGUCCGUUUCUGGGCGGAGGGUCUGCCGAUAAGGCAUGGCUGCGGCUCUACGGCUACCUGCCACAGCCCAGCCCGCAGAUGUCCACCAUGCACUCGGCUCAGACCUUCUCCUCUGCCCUCGCCGAGAUGCAGAAGUUUUACGGCAUCACCGUCACCGGCAUCCUGGACGAGGAGACGAAGGCGUGGAUGAAACGUCCCCGCUGCGGGGUCCCAGACCAGUUUGGGGCACGGAUGAAGUCCAAUAUGCGGCGGAAGCGGUACGCGCUGAUGGGGCGGCGCUGGAGCCAGAGCCAUCUCACCUUCAGCAUCCAAAACUACACAGAGAAGCUGGGUCGGUACCACUCAUAUGAGGCUGUCCGCCGAGCUUUCCGGGUGUGGGAGGAAGCCACACCGCUGGCUUUCCGGGAGGUGGCCUACGAGGACAUCCGGCAGAAGCGGAAGAAGGAGGCCGACAUCAUGGUGCUCUUUGCCUCUGGCUUCCACGGAGACAGCUCCCCCUUUGAUGGUGUCGGGGGCUUUUUGGCUCAUGCCUAUUUUCCUGGCCCUGGAAUGGGGGGAGACACGCAUUUCGACUCAGAUGAGCCCUGGACGCUGGAGAACACGGAUGUGUCUGGGAACAACCUUUUCUUGGUGGCUGUUCAUGAACUGGGGCACUCGCUGGGCUUGGAGCACUCCAGUAACCCCAGCGCUAUCAUGGCCCCCUUCUACCAGUGGAUGGACACCGAGAACUUCCAGCUGCCCGAGGAUGACCUCAAGGGCAUCCAGCAGCUGUACGGUACCGCAGACGGGCACCCUCAGCCUACCAAGCCUUUGCCCACUGUGACACCUCGGAGACGUGGCAGGCCAGACCAGAGACCCCCUAAACCACCCUCCCCAGGGAAACCGGAGCGACCCCCCAAACCUGGCAGCCCACACCGACCUGACCAGUAUGGCCCUGACAUCUGCGACGGCAACUUUGACACAGUGGCGGUGCUGCGUGGGGAGAUGUUUGUGUUCAAGGGCCAGUGGUUCUGGAGGGUCCGGCACAACCGGGUGCUGGACAACUACCCCAUGCCCAUCGGGCACUUCUGGCGGGGCCUCCCCGGGGACAUCGAUGCUGCCUAUGAGAGGCACGACGGGAGGUUUGUCUUCUUUAAAGGUGACCGGUACUGGCUCUUCCGAGAAGCCAACCUGGAGCCCGGGUACCCACAGCCCCUGGUCACCUAUGGGCAGGGCAUCCCCUACGACAGCAUCGACACAGCUGUCUGGUGGGAACCCACGGGGCACACCUUCUUCUUCCGUGGGGACAGAUACUGGCGCUUUAAUGAAGACACCCGCUCGGUGGACCCCGGCUACCCGAAGCCUAUCUCUGUCUGGGCAGGCAUCCCUCCCUCACCCAAGGGUGCCUUCCUCAGCCAAGAUGCCUCUUCCACCUACUUCUACAGAGGCACAAAGUACUGGAAAUUUGACAAUGAGCGGCUCAAGACAGAGCCAGGUUAUCCCAAAUCCAUCCUACGGGACUUCAUGGGCUGUUACACGGAGCUGGUCCCUGACCCUCAUCCCCACUGGCCGGAUGGGGACCAACCCCCCUUCAGCCCUGAUGGGAAUGGGCGGGCUGACAGCGAGGAGGAGGAAGAGGAGGAAGAGGAGGAAGAUGAGGAGGAUUACAGCGAGGGAGGCCACCAACCGGGUGGGGACGUGGAUGUGGUGGUGCAGAUCGAUGAGUACACGCGCACCAUGAGUGUCGUCAUGGUGCUGGUGCUGCUGGUGCUGCUGCUCUGCAUCCUUGGCCUCAUCUACGUCAUUGUCCAGAUGCAGAAGAAGGGCACGCCCCGAAUGCUCCUGUACUGCAAGCGCUCCUUGCAGGAGUGGGUCUGACCCUGGCUCCCUCCCCAACCCACCCCCACCACCAUGGUGCUAACGAUGAACCUGACCUCCCCCUCCCCUGUCCUUCCCCACUGCCUCGGCCCCUCUUGCCCCAUUGUUGCUUGAUGCCCCCAGCCCCCCCCAGAGCAGCUGGGCUGGGACCAGGGGAUGGUUACAGUAGGCUGGAGGGCAUCCAGGUCCUGCCUGCUCCCCCACAGCUGUGACCCUCAGGUUGCCACGCAUCGUGUUGCACCUGCCUCUGCCAUGGGGUCCCAGCAGGGUCCCUUCCUGCCCCCCGAACCUGCCGUGGCUUUGCCUGCAUCACGUGGGGCGGUGAGCGGGUUGGGGGCUGCUCAUAAGUGCCAUGAGCUGGCAGGUCUCAGGUGCCAGCACCUGCAACGACAGGGAAGUGCGAGGGGAAGGGAGGGCCAAGCUCCCGGCCAUGUUUCUGGUUGAACCACAGGGAUACAGGGAUGUGGUGCCUAAAGAUAGCACGAGGGAGGAGACACCACCUUUGCAACAUCACCACUACCACCCCACCACCAC